CCGGAAGGACAAGUUGCUUCAGGUCAAAACAAUCAGGAAGACGAAAAUUCAUGUUGGACCUGUAAGACAGGACCGCAAGCCUAGGAUAUAUACAUUUCUAUCUCGUCUUUUAAUUACUUCGUUUAAUCCAAAUACAGUCACAAUUCGAAGUUCCGGCCAGCCUUGUGUUUUGAAGCCACACUUGUGUUAAGGUGCCACUUUCAGAGAGUAAACAUAGAACGACUAACCCAACAUGGGCAAUGGAAUGAAUAAGGGGAACCUUGUGAAGCCUGACUAUCAUGUAGAGACUAAGAAGAGUGCAACAUGUCUGUGACUUCUGCUUCACAGGUUGUUGAUGGCCUUUACCUUGGGAAUAUAAGAGAUGCAGAAAACCGAAAAAGCCUGUCACAGAAUGGUAUCACCCACAUCCUCUCUGUGUACAACAAUGCCCGUCCCGUAUUUGAGGACAAGACCUACCUUUGUAUUCACGCAGCAGAUGCUUCCAGCGAGAAUCUGUUGCAACAUUUUAAAGAAUGCAUCCGCUUCAUCCACGAAUGUCGCCUGAAUGGCGGAGCGUGUCUGGUUCACUGCCUUGCAGGUGUGUCACGCAGCACUACUAUGGUGGUGGCCUACCUGAUGACCGUCACCCAUUAUAGCUGGGAGGAGUGUCUCACCGCAGUCAAGGCCGUUCGUUCUUUUGUCGGCCCGAACUGCGGCUUCCAGGAGCAGCUGCAGGAGUACCAGACAACAAAAGUCUUGGAGUACCGAGCGUUGUUGGAGUCCAGUUUCCAAGCCAGUCCCUUUAAGGACCAGGAGCAGGUGGCCGCCUUGUUGGUCCAAUACACGGAGCAACAGGAGAACCAGAGACAAGCUGGUGACCAGCGCUGAAUAAAACGAGACGUGGAUAUAUGCUCCCUUCCGCCCACCCUGGCUCAUCCUGAAGGCAGCAGCUGAAAACACGAAGCCCGGCACCGACUCACCUGACAAAAUACUUAAUUUAUUGUCCACGCUAACCUCCUUGAUUUCGGUAUGAUUUCGAUGCAGGCUAUGCGCACCUCACUCCUAGUACCUCCUUGUUUCCUUCACCGAGCCCAUCAGUGCUCAGA